CUUGCUCAGCUCGGAUGUUGCCUUGUGAACUAUCCGGAUGAGACUUUGAUGCCUGGCGAGACUCGACCCACGCUCACUCGGACCAAAGGAAUACAUGAUUUGACCCUCCGUCAUCGUGCUAAUCUGGUCAACGCUCUCAAGACAGGCGCCCUCACUAUUCGAGCCGUCACAAGUGAUGCUGGCCGCACACGCCUCACAAUGUCCAAAGACCCGAUUAUCAUUGGAGAGGCACCGUCACAUCAUUCCAUCCACUCUCGUGGUCGACGUGCAUUCGCUGACGAUAACAUUGACCGAAAAGGUCUUCACCGUCUCCCCUCACCUCCUGCCACACCUUCUACUCGCUCUGCUUCACCUUCUACUUGUCCUGCUAUACCUCCUCAUCCUACUGCACCUCCUCAUUCUGCUCUUCCUGCUAGUCGUCGUCGCAUUCAAGUUUUUUGUAGAGAUCUCACGUCCACCACCCUGGCCAGCCUCUAG